GUAAAGCGGCACCGCAGCCCCUCGUCCCCUGGCGCGAUCGACCGAGUCUCGCCAGCGUCCCUUCUGCCAAACCCCGCGGCUGGAAGAUGUGGCAGCCGGCCACAGAGCGCCUGCAGCACUUUCAGACCAUGCUGAAGUCUAAAUUGAAUGUCCUAACACUGAAAAAGGAACCUCUCCCAGCAGUCAUCUUCCAUGAGCCCGAGGCCAUCGAGCUGUGCACCACCACGCCCCUGAUGAAGACCAGGACUCAUAGUGGCUGCAAGGUUACCUAUCUGGGUAAAGUUCCCACCACAGGCAUGCAGUUUUUGUCAGGCUGCACAGAAAAGCCAGUCAUCGAGCUCUGGAAGAAGCACACACUAGCCCGAGAAGACGUCUUUCCAGCCAACGCUCUCCUGGAGAUCCGACCAUUCCAAGUGUGGCUCCAUCACCUUGACCACAAAGGUGAGGCCACGGUGCACAUGGAUACCUUCCAGGUGGCCCGCAUCGCUUACUGCACGGCCGACCACAACGUGAGCCCCAACAUCUUUGCCUGGGUUUACAGGGAGAUCAAUGAUGACCUGUCCUACCAGAUGGACUGCCACGCUGUCGAGUGCGAGAGCAAGCUCGAGGCCAAGAAGUUGGCCCAUGCCAUGAUGGAGGCCUUCAAGAAGACUUUCCACAGUAUGAAGAGUGAUGGCCGGAUCCACAGGAACAGCUCCUCUGAAGAGGUUUCCCAGGAAUUGGAAUCUGAUGAUGGCUGAAUGAACUUAAGAUGCUUCAGCAAAGGCAGCAUUGGUCAAGGAAUUCCAGAUGAUAGAUGAAUAAGCAAUGAUUCAAAUUUGGGAUGAAAAGACUGCCAAACUAUUGGCUGAUCAAGCUUUUAAAUUCAGAAGAGCAAUUCUAAAUCUAAAGAAAUGUAUUAUUAAAAUAAUUACAUUACAUUGAAUUCUUCUGCUGCUGUGACUGUGAGGAGGGUGGGAGUGUGGAUGGGGAGGAAAGUUCUAGAUUCUCUGUCUUUUUUUUUUUUUUUUCUCAUUUCCCAGUGCCUCCCGUAGGAGAUCUCCAUGCCAAUUUUUACUACUCAGGCAAAUACACUGCGGCUGUUAUUUGAUGAACCAUUCCAAUUUGCCUUAUGAAACCCAACAAGAAUGUUCGAUGCACCUCUAGGAUCCCUAGUCAUGGGUGUAGGCAGAGCGUGCUGAUGCUGGCACGGAGGCCUCAGGGCUAAAGGAACACCUCAGGCUGAUCCUGAGAGCUCCUCUCCCAUGGCAUAGUUCAGACUGUCUCCUCAGUAAGCAAAUCAGCACAGCCUUUAUCGAGCUUUACAACUAACAACCUGAAAGUUGGCAGUUAAUUCACAGUUAAAGAUAAUGCUUUUAUUUACAUGAAUAUAUCAAGUAGUACCCUCUUAUUGUAUUCACUUCAUCUAUUUUCUUAGAAUACUUGCAACUACUAAUAACCCCUUACCUUCUCCACUGCAUCCACCCUCUUCCCCCUUCCAAGCCAUGCCAACAUCCCUAUGGGGAUGGAUUCUCAACAUACACUGCAGGACACCAAAAGGGAAGAAAAUCACCAAGCAGAUGAAAUACACCACCAGACAAAGUAGGAGUUUAAAACAACCACCACAACAGAAACCUUGGAAAAAGGGAAUGAGUUAUCAGCAAGUGAACAAAAUCCAUGGAGGCCGUCCUUUCAUCAACUCUGAUUUAUGGUAACUUAUUUAGUGGAUGAUCCUUUCUGAUGAAUCUUUCCUGGCAAGCUUCAAAUCUGAUUUGGUAUCACCAAGGAAGCCUUGCCCCCAUCACUCAACAUUGCACUCAGAUAGGGAAUGAGAUGUAUAAACUUGGCUUAUCUAGAGAAACCAUGUCCAUCUUAAUCUAAAGGGAAAUCUGACCUUGUUGAUUUAAAAUUGUGAUCUCUAGGGUCAGAGUUCCAGUUUGUUUACUGUUUCUAAUGAGAAGUUCUCACUAAGAGAGCCUGAGAUUUCUCAGUUUCGUGGUUAUUUAAAUAUCAUCAACGCAAAGAGUCAACAUUAAAUGAAAUUGAAAGUAUUGGUUAAAAUACAUACAUUUAAGGCCGAGAGCAGAUGACUAGUUUUCCAGGUAAUGCUGCUCCUUCGUUAAAGUCUGUUUUUAAUCCUGGUAAUGUUAGGGGCACUGGGGCACCUUACAGAAGCCUUAAAUGAGAGCUAAUCGAAUCCAGAGAGCAAUGGUGUUGGCGUUGUGGUCUGUGUAUCUGUGUGUCCAUGUAUGCGUUUGUGUGUGUGUACAUGUGCCCCUGUGUGUGAGUCCAGUUUUAAGGCAUGUAGAAUCAGCAUGGAGUCAUAUUGAGGAGAAUUCACCUCUUGGAGAUAUGCUUGUUGCUUUACAACACAUGUAAACUAUUCUAGCAUAAAUGCAUUCAUUCUUUAAUAAAAAAUAUGUUUGCAUUAAUAAA